UAAAUUUGUGGACUUAUUUCAGGAGUUUUGGAUUUUCAUCAGUUAACGUAUUUCUUUUAUUUUUGCUGUUUUAUUGUGAGCUCGCAGUAUUACUUUUCUUCUUAUUUGGUUUCUCUUUAAUGUUUUAUGCUUUGGCCGGAGGGUGUCUAUUCUAUUUCUAGUCGCUUCUACUGAAUGUUUUUGCUGUGCCCGCUUCGGCCUGCAGGGGGCAGCCGCGGCUCAGUUUACGCCUUAAAGCGGAACUUUUGUUUCCGUGUUGUGUUUUCUCAGGAGCGUUAACAGCUGUGAACAGCAGACGGCAGGGGGGUGGAGGGGUGUGUGAAUCGAUUAUUGCUCAGCUAUCGAUCUCAGCACCGUGAGGUCCAUGAUGCAGUGCGGCUGGCCCCUCAUGGGUCCGCUCAGGUGGCUUCACUACCUUAACAAAGAGGUGACGGUGAGAGCGGGAAAAGGCGAGGAGCACCGCGGCUGGCUGUUAAGCGUGGACCCGGUGUCCGCCAGUGUGGUCCUGGUGUCCUUUGGUGAGGCGGUGGCGGUGCGGGUGGUGAUGGGUCACGCCGUGGAGGCGGUGGAGGUCCUGCGAGCGGCUGCUGAUGAUGAGACGGCGAAGAGUCUGCGGUCGGUCUUCCUCCCCCCGCCGUCCCCUUGCCUGGACCCCAAGGAGCUGCGUCAGCGGAGGGAUGCCGUGCGGCGGUGGCUGCAGGAGAACCGGAUCCCCGUGGAGGAGGAGGGGGAGGAGCUAAAAGUGGCGGGCGUCCUGACGAUCGCUGCGCCCUAUAGCGCCCACGACUGCAGGAGCUCCAACCAGAUCAUCCUGGACCGGAUCCAGAGACUUAUCGGGAUCCAGGACUGUACCAAUCAGGGGUUGCCACUCUGAGCUGGGCCAAUCACCAGGUGAGAAGAGACCUGCAGCAACCACAAUGAACCAGGAAACCAGAGUGCUGGCUCACCUGGGGUCACCCGGG